AUGCUAGAAACCGGGGGAGAUUUUACACAUGGCCACCACCUGAGCCAGAGCCAGGUCCCCGGUGUCACCUCGGUGACCCCAGAUAGAAGAAAGCCAGGGCACACGGGGCUCAAGAUGACCCAUUCUGUGCCCAGAGCCACAGCGGUGCUGGAAACCAAGUUCUUCACGGAGCAGAAGUUGGCAUUCCAAGUAAAGUUCAUUUAUUUUGUAUUUUACUGUUUAGGCUCAUUAGUUGUGGCUCAAGAUCUUACAGAGGAUGAAGAAACAGUGGAAGAUUCAGUAAUUGAAGAUGAAGAUGAGGAAGCUGAGGUAGAAGAAGAUGAACCCACAGAUUUGGCAGAAGAUAAAGAGGAAGAAGAUGUAUCUGGGGAACCUGAAGCUUCACCAAGUGCAGAUACGACUAUCCUAUUUGUAAAAGGAGAAGAUUUCCCAGCAAAUAAUAUUGUGAAGUUCCUGGUAGGCUUUACAAACAAGGGUACAGAAGAUUUUAUCGUUGAGUCCCUGGAUGCCUCGUUCCGCUACCCUCAGGACUACCAGUUCUACAUCCAGAAUUUCACGGCUCUUCCUCUGAACACACUGGUGCCGCCCCAGAGACAGGCAACGUUUGAGUACUCCUUCAUUCCUGCAGAGCCCAUGGGCGGACGGCCCUUUGGUCUGGUCAUCAAUUUGAACUACAAGGAUCUGAAUGGCAAUGUAUUCCAGGAUGCUGUCUUCAAUCAAACUGUUACAGUUAUUGAAAGAGAGGAUGGUUUAGAUGGAGAAACAAUCUUUAUGUAUAUGUUCCUUGCUGGUCUUGGGCUUCUGCUCAUUGUCGGCCUUCAUCAGCUCCUGGAAUCUAGAAAGCGCAAGAGACCGAUACAGAAGGUGGAGAUGGGAACGGCGAGUCAGAAUGACGUUGACCUGAGUUGGAUCCCUCAGGAGACUCUGAAUCAGAUCAUGCAGAGUAGAAGAGACAAGGCUUCCCCGAGAAGGCUGCCCCGGAAGCGGGCACAGAAGCGGUCAGCGGGCUCUGACGAGUAACGUCCCCUGUGUAGCUGUGCGUCUGUGCUCGGCCUGACCCUACCCGAGUUGGCGAGGCACAGGCCACUGCGGGAGCGCUGCUGCUUCCGUGUGGACUGAGCAGCCGAGUGUGGUGAUAACAUUGCUGAAAAUGAUGCACUGCAUUCAUUUUUCUAAAGUAACGGAUGUGGUUUUUUUUUAAACCAUUAAAAUCGGUGUGUGUGUGUGCGUGUGAGCAGUCGGUCUUCCCAGAAUCAUUGUUGAACCACCCGAAUCGUGCCUUUAGAAUGCUGAGUGCCAGCCAUGCCCAUUGUGAUUGAGAGGCCGCCCUGAACGGCCUGCAGGGAGUAACUUGUUCUUCCUGGAGUUGCUGACCCCACCAUGGCACAAAUUAGCCUCUUGUCCAUGCUCUCCUCGGCUAGUAUUCUAAAGGCACGGGCAGGAGUGGCUGCUUUUGUAGCAGUAGAAUUGUUUGGGUAUUUUGCUGCUGUUUCCUCUAAUGCGCACCUUCAAAACUUCCCAAAUGGACAGAAGCAAUUUAAGGAUAUGUUUAGCAACAAAAAUGUGAGAUGUAGAAAUUCUGCUGACUUUGAUAUAUAAAUCCCUCUCUGCCCCGUUUUCUAACAAAAAGAAAAUGGUACAUUUGUGCUAACUGAGUUGUGUGGUCCGUUGUCUCGGCCCAGGGAGAGCUCGGGGUUUGGUUUGGUUUCGAAGGAAUUCCGUUUUCCUUCAUAAAAGUGUCAUUUCCUAGGUCCAUGACCAAGCAGAUCACAUUUUAGGGACAGAAUUAGAUUUCAAUUAAUGCUAAUCUAUAGAAAUACAGUGUGGGAAUUUUAAAAGUUAAACAGUUGUUUCUCAUCUAAUCGUUUGAGUUUUGGUGUGUUAACAUGCCUUUUUUGGUUAAUAUGCAAGAAAAUGUAAAAAUUAAGCUCCUAAAGAUGGACUUCAGGACAAAAAUUACGCAUUUUGUAUCCCCUAAAAUCCUCUCAGAAGGUUGCUCUUGCCCAGAUAGUAAAUGAUGUUUUGACAUUGUUGUCAGACUGAAUUUCGCAGGAACAAGUAGGAGGCGUCCCUCUCUGUCUGGAAGCUGUGCCUUCCCACUCGGAUGUUUUAAGACAGUGAUAAGUGAGAUUGUAAAGCCUGUUUGGUUCCUGACCUCUCUUCCCUCUCAUCUGGAUACACUCGGCUCCCCUGCUCACAUCCACACCCUCAGAAGGAAAACAGCAACACGGCUAAACGUACGGACAAAACAGUUCCAGCUGUGUAAGUACUUAAGCCUCUGAGCCAAAACCAGCAAAAGCAGUUUAUUGUGAGUGAGAUCGUUAAUCCCUUGGCGAGUAGGGACUGCGGCCUUCUGUGCUGUAACAUACAGUGCUGGGCUUUUCCUUGGGGCGGGGGUGUUCAGUAGCUGAUUUUGAAAACACUGAGGUCUAAGUAACUGCAUGGCUUUGGCUUAGUGGAGUAUAGGAGACCCUUGUGUUCAAGGAACAUUUUUUAGCUCAUUUUUUGGUGACUAAGUUUGUGAAACUCGUAGGACCCCACGCAGUGAGGUGCACGCACUGCACUUUGAGGCCUCCUGGGGGUGCGUGGCCUUUGCCUUACACAGCAGUGCUGCUGGCUCCAGGGCUCCUUUCUUAGCACAGAUGACAGCAGUGGAAACCUUAUACCUGUCGGGUCAGCAAGUAUUGAGCAGAAACCACCUCCACAUUGAAUGGAAUUCACACAUGGUUUGUUCAAGCACACUUAAUACAUCACCUGUUUUUAAGUGUCUUUAAGAUGUAAAUACUUGGAUAAGCUUUUCUUUGUUCUCCUAUGAUCAUCUGCAACACCAACCACAGUCUCAGAACUGGCCGAGGAGCAGUUGCUUUCCCUGCAGAGAGAAGGCGGGAUCUUGAGGAGCUUUGCCCGCACCCGCGCACAGAGAGUUCCGCCAACCCCAAGCACCAUCCAAGCAGAGUUGGGAAAUUGGAGGCCUGAGGGCAGGGGUGAAGGAAGAGCAAAAGGAAAGACAUCCACAUGCUGCUAGGGUUUGAUCCUUCAGGAGCUCUGGAAAAUGGGGCUUUGAGAGGCGGGAAAGGCAUAGUCAGAUCUUUGAAACUCCAGGGCUGCGCCCGCACUCUCACCUCAGCCUCAUUGUACCUGGGCUUGUCUGGACCAACAGGUGGCCUGAGCGUGACCUUGGACCUUCUUUUGGUGUUGUGGCGGCUCUGCUCAAGGUCCAGUAGAUGGAAGUGUGCAUAUGCCAGGCUCAUGGACACCGGUCUUGUGCAGAACAGCGGCACCCAUGUCCCUUGUAGGAAGGAAAAUGUGAGCAGGAGCUGUCUGCGCUGCGGCCUCAGCCUCUGAGCCCAGGGAGAUAGCGCACAGCCGGACGUGCCCUCUGACAGCCGCCUGCUUCCGGUCACGAGUGGUACUCCAUUUAGGAUGGCGGCCUUAUCUAUAGCCGCAGAGCUGGGGGCCGUACUCACUGCGGUGCCUCCAGACCUGCUUGCCCUCCACAGCCAUGUCUAGCACAGGGCAGCUCCUCGCUAGUGACCAGGGUGUCGGGCUUUGGGGUACUUGGGCCGGAGAGGAGCAGCCUGGGGCACCUGGCAGGCAACUGAGUAAGUGGUUUCUUCCUGGGCAGGUGGGACGGAGGUCAGGUCUGGGCGGCGCUGCUGUAAGGGGCGAGGGGACGCGGGUCUCCACAGUCGUGCACUGUGCUGCGCUAUGCUCCAGGGCCUCCCCCUGUGGAGAUGCACUGUGCUGAGGGUCACCAAGCUUUCAUGGCCUUAGCACAGUUAAGGCAGAAACACCCUGACGUCAUGCACGUGCAGCCUGCUGGCACUGGAAUACUGGAACCCAGCAAGCAGAAGGGCAGCAGCCUCGGCCCUGGGUGCACGGGCAUCUUGGUCAGUCUCUGUGAAAUGGCACACCUGGUCUUUAACAUCGUUUUCUGCAAGACAAAUUAAAAAAGUUGAUUGGAUUUGAAGCUGUGAAGGGUCGCAGGGCCCCAUCAGCGGAUUGGUAUUCCCUGCCACGAGGUCUGCCAAGCACUGCGUGCCCAGCCCACUCAGGCCUCACGACAGCACUGGGGCUUCCUGCUGAAUCCCCAUGCUCAGGGUGCUCAUCCCUGGCUAGUGAAUAACAAGUUUACAGGGCUGGAGCCAGGUGUGGUCAGUAGUGUACACCUGUAAUCCUAGCACUCUGGGAGGCUGAGGCAGGAGGUUUGCAAGUUCAAGGGAAGCCUGAGCCAUGUGGUGAUGUAGCAAGACACUGUCUCAGAAAAUGGGGACUGGAGGGGCUGGGUGUGGCUGGGUGUGGCUCACUACUGUAACCCAGCACUGGGCUGAGGCAGGAGCAGCUUUAUAGCAAGAACUCGUCCCUGGAAACCAAGUGAUCCAUAGUGACAACAGCAAGAUGAGGCUGGGGAUGCGUACAGCGCAGUGUGAAGGCCUUGGAUUCAGACUCAGGGCUGGAAAUAAAAGUUGGGUCUGCAAAUUCAGCCAGGUGGUAAGAGUGCAUCCCAGCACCCUCAAGGCUGGAGAAAGGCGGAAGCCUGGAGUGCAGCUGUGUGACAAGCUGUCCUUGCUGCACAGAGCCUGCGGGCCGUGGUGAGGUGUGUGCCUUGCAGUGGCACGUUUGGUGCUGGGUAAACUUGGGCCAGGUUUCUAAUCUGAAGGCCCCAGAGGCUCACAUUGGCCAGUGUGCCCGGGACCCAGGGAGGCCAGGCAGCGGAGCUGGGUGGGACAGCACUGCUAGGGCGGCCCUGUGGGAAGUGACAACCCCUACCAGGGCCGUGGAAGCUCAUGGUCGAGUGGCUCAGGUCACCGAGGUGCCCUCUGGGUCCAGAGGGUACCUCAAAGCUCCUGCCCACCUGCGUUGUCCUUGCCUAGACUCUGGGAUUGUGGGCCCGGCCCCCGAGGUUGGCUCAGCCCUGGGCCACAGAGAGCCCAGAGUGUCUGACCAGUGGGGCCCAGGGAGUGGUGUGCAGCGUAUAAGCAGUUAGUAAAGGAUUGUUGGUUGUAGCUCUACUGUGUAGUCCAACUGGAUUUCAGUUUUCCCCGCUUCACAAUCAACAACUUAGACAACUUCGAAGAAA